CACCCCCGCCUGGUCAGCCCUACGAGCACACCUCACCAAGCGGAGCUGCCCCGUCACCUCCGCCGAGCUCCAAGACAACAAGAACACCGCCAGACACAACACCACAUUGGCAACAUCACCCACCAUGCCCGUAAGUCACAGAUACAUAAUCAACACACACGCUUCCAAGUAUGCAUUCGAGGACAUCAGGCAGCUAACAUCUCCCAGGCUUACCACUCUGUCUUCCUCGAUGAGCCCAAUCAGCAAUUGAUUGGCAACUUCGCCCUCCUCCCACUCCGCACACGAACCCGUGGCCCUGCCAUCCAACUGCCAGCCCUGCCCGCCGACGUCACAGAGCUUACCAUCGAUGCCUCACACGACUCAUACGACCCUCUAGACGAGAUCCUCGCCCUCUUCCGCGCCAACACAUUCUUCCGCAACUUUGAAAUCAAGGGACCGGCCGAUCGCGUGCUCAUCUAUGGCAUCCUGUACGUCAGCGAGGUAUUGGGCAAGAUCAAGCCGGGCAUGAGCCGGAGAGAAGCUGAAAAGGCUGUCAUGAACAUUGCGCUCGACACCAACUUUGCGAUUCCAGGCGACGCUGGAUUCCCGCUGAACCAGGCUUUCGAGGCCCCCGCGGACAGGAACGGAGCUGAGGUGCUGCGACAGUACAUUAUGCAGAUGCGACAAGAGCUGGCUACACGGUUACUCAACAGGGUGUACGCGGACGAGACCAACACACCGAGCAAGUGGUGGCUGAGCUACACCAAGAGGAAGUUCAUGGGCAAGGCUUUCCGAAUCGACAGAGCAGAUACCGACGAUGCAGGGUACGCCAAGAUCGGCAUGGGGAUUAUGGCUAAUGCGAAGGUUGACAUGUACAUAGGUAGUCGAGAAGAUGAUGAUUGGUGCGACGUCUCGCACGAGGCCAUACCCAAGGAAGAUUCCAAACCGGCUGUCGACCCACAAGAUGUUGAUGGCGCGUCUAACGACAAAGAACUCGAGAAAGAUACACCCAGAACGCCUACUAACCGCACAGUGCCCACCCUCUUCAGCACCCCCCUACCCCCCUGUGGCCUCCUCCCCCAACUCGCCUACGAGAACAUUGUCCACCGCCUCCGCGCCCUCUGGCUUUCACGCUCUCAAAAUCCCUCCGCCAACCUCUCCGUCACCAGCCUCUGCCGCGUAAUCCUAGCGGACCUCAAGACCGAACAAGACCAACCCGUUUCGCAAGCCCUUAACCCCUGGCGCCGCUCCUCCGUCUUCGCAUACGAAGUCCGCUGGGCGCGGUAUUUUGUCCGAGAAGCGGAAACCAUGGAUAAGCGACCGACGAUGACGGAGAAGCAAGCUGAUAAACAGGAUUUCAUGGAUCGCAUGUAUCCUAUUCCCAAGGAAUUAAAGAUUGUGGUGGCGAAUAGGAAGAAUCAGAAGCAAGUGCUGGAUCUAUGGAAGGAGUGGCAUCAUGGGAAGAGGGGGACAGUGGAGACGGAGGAUCCUGGGCUUGGUGUUGGUGGGGCGAGGGAGGAGGAGGUGGAGGUAGAUGCUGUGAAGAAGAUGGAUGGUGGUGGUGAAGAGGGAGAAGCUGGGAGUGAGGGGAAUGAGGAUGUGGAAAGGACCUUCGAGGAGAUCAUGGAGGAGGCACAGAGAUAG